AUGAAGUUAUUCAAGUCAACUCAUGAAUACAACUAUGAAUGGAGCUUAGUGUCUGCAGCUCAAUGGCAGAAAUACCCAAAUCCCAAUUGCCCUCAUGUAUCCCAUGUAGAUGUACUCAACCGUACUGUUGAUCCUGAAACUGGCAUCUUGACCACCGAAAGAUUAAUCACUGUUAAUCAAAAUAUACCCACCAUCAUCAAAAAGAUCUUAGGAUCCAGCUCUACACAAUACGUUAGAGAAAUCUCCAUCAUUGACCCCAAAAAGAAGACAUUGACCAUGCGCUCCAUCAACUUGACAUUAUGUAACCUGUUGAGCUGUGAAGAGACCAUCGUUUACAAAGAACAUCCUGAAGAUCAACAAAAAACCCAAUUUACUCAACAAGCAGCUAUCAAGGCUGGUAGUUUAGUCAGUGGUUGGUCCAGCGUUUUGGAAGAGUUCUCUCUGCGUAGAUUUCAACAAAAUGCUGAUGUUGGGCGUGCUGGUUUCAACAAGGUCUUGGAGCGUUUUGUUGUGAUGGCAGAAGCACAACAAACAAAAACAGCAGCUUAA